UAACUUCCUAAAAUUCAUCCGCCUUCCUCUGCCGCUUCUCCAAAAUCCAGAGAGUGACAGAAAACCCUAAUAUCUCCAUUUUCAUCAUUUCCCAGGUCGAAUUGCUGCGAGUUUACAAGAUUCAAACCGUUAAAUAUGCAGGCAAGUGAUAGGUUUAAUAUCAAUUCCCAGCUUGAGCAUCUCCAAGCUAAAUAUGUUGGGACAGGGCAUGCCGACUUGAAUAGAUUGCAAUGGGCAGUGAAUAUCCAACGUGAUAGCUACGCGUCUUACAUUGGUCACUACCCCAUCUUGGCCUAUUUUGCCAUUGCGGAAAAUGAAUCAAUAGGGAGAGAACGCUACAAUUUUAUGCAGAAAAUGCUGUUGCCUUGUGGCCUUCCCCCAGAAAGAGAAGAUGACUGAAGCAGCUCUGGAGCUUCCAACAUGGAGAAUUCUAGCAUCCCAUGCCUAUUCUAGCCUAUGAUAUUUUAUUGUGGUGUUCUCUAUUGAAAAUAGUUGUUGAAGUUAUUGUAUGACUUUCCUUUGGAAACCAAAUGUUCGAGGAAAGCUCUUUCCUUGAGUUACAAGGUUAUGGUUGUGGAUUGAAGAAUGGAUUGUGUUUUGACUUGUGGGUGAGUCCGUUUCUCAAUAUUUCAAUCAUCCAUUCUCUUCGAAUGCAAGAUUCUGAAUUGUCGUUGAUAGAAGUGAGAAAUACAAGAACAAAAACCUAGAACAGGUGGUUCUGUGCAGAGAGAC